ACCUCGAGCCCUCGGACUCCAGAGACCUUUAUAAUGUGAAAUAAGGGCACACUUUUGUAAACAAUUACUCGGUAUCACCUACAUUGAACCUUUUGACGCGCGGCACAGGAGCUGAAAAGGAGACUAUCAAGAUCACCAGGGGCCAGUUUAGGAGAGGAAACAUUACAUCUUCUGUCAGACCUUAUACUGUGACACCCAUGUUAUCAAACCGGCGUUAAAUGCCUCGCGACAAAUCUAUUGGACUAUCUAACCUCAACACCUAAAUUCAAAGAUCCUGGGGAAAGGCUGUUUCAGCCUCAAUGCAACUGUGUGAACCUCAAAAUCCUUAUGAAAAGAACGACAUUGAUACCUGUGCUCUAUUUACCUACCUCCUUCGGACCCCAAUCUUCUGGAAAUAGGCGGAUGAGUGUCUAGCAACUGAACCCCAUCGAAAAAUAUACAGUGUAACACAUUGUUGUUCAUCGUGCCGUCUCUCGUGUCUCCCAUUUCCAUGCGCCAGGUUGACGCUAGUUGGAAUAUCAACAACUGGAACCCGGCCGACAGCCGCUCAGCCCCGAAACUUUAGGCCAUUCCCAACUGUUAUGAACGAUCGCGAUUUGCUCCAAAUCGACCCGAUCGACCGGAAGCGUUUUGAAUUGGAGCCCAGGGCGCAUUUAAGUGUUGCUCCUGCUAGUGAAAUCAAAGGUCAUCCCACAAUAAAUUUCAAAAAAAAAAAAAAAAAAAAAAAAAAAAAAAAAAAAACAUUGAAGCAGAGACCCAGAAUGAGAUAAGAAAUAUAAAAACAAUCUUAUCUGAAACUGAAACGGAAUAUCUGGAGGGCAACUCUGAAUUUUCAAUGCCAUCGACUUCCGCGAAUUGGAUUUCAGGAGCUUACUUGACCUCUAAUCCUGUCGAAAGCCACAGCAUUAAAACCAACGAUAAUGAUGCUGAAGAAGGAGACUGUGAGAAUGAAUUAGCCAUUGGCAUAUGUGACGACCAACUUGAGAGAGAGAGCCAUGAGGGAAAUGGACAACGCCAGCCUGGUGGAGGUGGCCAUGCAAAAGUACCAGCCGACUGGCAGACAGGAAAGGGGAAGAUGAAACGCUUCCGACUCUCGCAUAACCAGACUCGAUUUCUCAUGAACGAAUUUGCUCGCCAAGCUCAUCCGGAUGCCGCUCAUAGGGAGCGCUUGUCGAAGGAGAUCCCAGGUCUAAGUCCGCGUCAGGUGCAGGUUUGGUUCCAGAAUCGGCGAGCCAAACUAAAACGUCUAACAAACGACGAUCGAGAACGGGUGUUGAUCUCGAAGGCCUUAGCGGAUGGCUUUGACAUCGCACGAAGCAUUCAUUCGCCGUACGGGAGUUGGCACCAAUCUUCCCACACCCUCGCUUCCCCUGGGAGUUACUUAAAUGCCAACCAGGAAGGGGGAGAGGAAGAUAUACUUACGCCUUUGAUAGUCGAUAUUGUGGGCAGGCUAAGUGACGAAGACUAUGCGAUAUCUCCGUUAAGCGCUUCCUCUAAUUACGACAGCUACUUCCCCUCACCGGCUUCAGCGUCAGCCUCUGGGUCAGAACUUGAUAUGCCGCCAAUAACAAUAGGAGGCGAUAUCGCGUCGCAUUGCCCAUCAUUUUCCAACCCGCAAACAUCAAGCUUCCAAUAUAUGAGUCCGUGCACGAGUCCUGGUAGUUUUUCCCAUUCUACUUCGCAAACUUCUCAUCAUCACAUCCAGGCUAUGGAACAACAAGAUACGACGAGACAGAGGGCAGGAUCAUUGAGAUCCCCUCCCCGAGCAAGCAUAUCAUCUACCCACGCCUACAUGGGGUUGGAUAUGCCAUGUAAUACCCACUCAUAUGACAAUAUCACCUCGCAGACGUUCAUGGAUACCAACGUUAGCCAUGCACCCCACAGCCAACUACAUAAAUCAGGCCAGCCACCCAAACCCUCAUGACCCUUCGGCUACGCACAGCUCCAACCAGCCUCCCUCCCGAAUUACACCUGGACACAGGAUACUGAAAACAAGGCGAUGAUGGCCUACAAUCCGCUCCUCUACCAGACAUGCAUAUCCUGCGCGAAGACCAAUUAUCUCCUUUCAGCACCACCACCACCACCAUCACCACCGUUGGCAUAGGCCCAUUCGACAUUUCCUAUCCCGAGCGCAACUCUUCAUCACUAAGCCUCCCGGCAUCCUUUAUCCCAUAUUAGCUCGAAUGGAUGGGGAGAGGAAUGCGGGCUGGCAAAUAGCAUCGACGCGGAAUUCCCCAAGGGAUUGCCUAUGAAAUAAGGUAUAGCUUACCCAAGUAUACAUACUUGGGGAGAUUUCGUGGUUCUCAAUAAAAUCGGGAGGGUAUUGAUAUUUUGUAUAUACGAUAUUCUUCUCCUUUUGUUUGUCUGUUUUAAAGGAUCUUGGACUGAAACCCUAUUCCUAUUUCGCUUAUAUGUUGUUUCGCAGGAAAUUAUUUCUUCUGGAGAUUGAUUUCUUUCUUUUUUGUCAUCUAUCCCAUUUCAUUAUCCCUCUAUACUCUAGUUCGCUAGACGUUCGGAUAAUUUUUUUUUUUUUUUCUUUCUUUCUUUCUUUCUUUCUUUUCUUUUUUUUUCUUUCUUUCUUUCUUUCUUUCUUUUCUUUUUUUU